AUGUUGACCCCUACUGAAGCAAAAAUGCAAACAAAGAAGUCACUCGAGAUGUUGAUGCCAAUAGGUACUACACCAGAGCAAAUUCAAGGCGCGAAGGAAUUCUACAAAUAAUUUGACAAACAAGGACAACGCAUCCAGUUAGCCAUGCAUAUUCUGGCCGAUACCUUCGACGAUUGCAAACUUGCUCCUGUAGCAGACGUACAGGUGGAAGGAGGAAGUACAGAAUUAGUAGUAAUCAUGGUAAAAUCCAAUUUGCAGGAGGCAACAUUCCGCGCAUACGCUCGGGAAACCAUCAACAGACAUCGCCAGUACAAGAUGACUCCAGACUUGUGGAGUGCAUUCUUCGAUGUUUUCGUGAACUUUUUGCAAUCACGUGGAAAACUAACUGACGAGCAGAAAGCCGCCUGGAAACAAGUAGGGGAGGUAUUCAACGAGGAAUGCCAAAAACAUCUGAAGGCUCUUGGACUGCCCCAUGUUUAA